AUGACCGUGACAGGCACCAGCUGGUUCAAAUUCGCGCCAGACGCCCUCUUCUCCCGAUCCGUCCUCAUCCGCCGCGCCGCCGAGUGCCUGCUCGACAGGCCGCAGCGCGAGGAGUACGACGAAUGGCUGGCGCAGCAGGCGGUCAGCGGGGGCGGCGGCGGCGGCAGCGGCGGCGCGCCCUUCCAGGCUGUGUCCCUGCACGACCUGCCGGGGGCGCUUGCGCUCCUGCAGGAGGCCGGGGAGUGGGACGCCGUUGUGGCAGUCGCCGCGCAGCUGCUGGACGCGCAGCACGGGGUGGGCCCGCCGCUCGCGGGCGCCGGCGGCGGUGCGGGGGGCGGCAAGUUUGACCGCCUCAGCGCCGUCGAGCGGCGGGACGUCGCAGUCGCGGCCGGCCUCGCCGCGCUGGCCGUGGCCUCUGCGGCGAUCGGCGGCGCGCGCGACAGCGGCCCAACCGCCGCCCGGCACGGCGCCCUGCGCGCGGCCGGGCGCCUCGCGCGCGAGGGCGGCGCGGAGGGGCUGCAGCUCCAGCUACGGCAGGCCGCGGCCGACCUGGCGGUGGCGGUUGUAGAGGAGCAGCUGGCGGCGCCGCGUGCGUCCGCCGCCGUCGCGGCGGCCGCGGCCGCGGCCGCAGCUCUGGAGGCCGGCGGCGAGUGGGCGGUCGCCCCUGCUGCCGCGAGGGCGGACGGCCUUCAGUGCCUUUCUGGGCUGCUGUUUGGCCUGGGGGAGCACCAGAUCAUCGAGGGGCGGGCGCGGGAGCGCAUACUGCGGCUCACCCGCGGCAACUUGACGGCUGCGGAGCAGGUGUCUCUGUACGAGAGCGCCCCACCCGGCGCCCACUGCCCCCCAAGCGAGCUCCACGCCACGGCGCUGGCCCUGAUCGCCGAGGCCUGGCGCCUGCGACGCCCCCAGCUCGUGCGGCGCGCGCGGCGCCUCCUCGACGCGCUCGCCGGCGCGGGCGCGGGGGACGCGUCCGACGCGCGCGCGGCGUGCGCGCUGCUGCUGAAGGAGCAAACUGAGGCAGGCGAGGGGCGGCUGGCCGGCGCGGUGCGCGGCGGCGAGGACAGCGGGGUUGGCGGCGAGCUCGGGUGGCUGGCAGGGUGGCUGGAGGAUUGCGUGCUCACGGAGUGGCCUGAGUGCGGUGCGACGCUGGAGGGAGAGGGGGGUGAGGAGGGUGUUGAGGAGGCACGGUCGCCGGUGGACCUGGAACGUGACUGGUUCACGCCGCAAGUGGAAGCCAUGAUCAAGCUGGGCGCCAGUGCGCCGGGCUCUGGCCUGCUGGAUCUGUUGGAAGCCGCAGGGGCGGCCACGCCCUGGGUGAGGGUGCCCUGGUCGCCCGCCCCGGCGCCUCACAGCCAGCUCGCCUGGCGCAGCGCCCCAGCUGCACGCGCGCUGGUGCAGGGCCUGCGCGCGGCCGGGCGCGGGGCGGGGCAGCUGCUGGCGGCGCCUGUGGAAGGGGCGGCGUGGGUGGCAGCAGUGUGCGUGGCGGCGGUGCUGCAGCCGGCAGACCUGGAUUUUGAGGGGACCGAGGAUCUGCAAGCUCUUGACAGGCCGGGUGGCGCCAGCAGCGGCGCCAGCAUCGCGCUGGCCGCAAGCGGUGACACUGUUGUGAAAGGCACACUGGCCUGGGCCGCCGCAGCCGCAUUUGGCCUGGCGGCGUUUGGCCUGUCGGCGGGUGGGGCGGGGCCCUGGAAGCAGGGUGGCCUGCCGCUCCACGCGGCGCCGCUCAAAGCGGCCCAGGCAGAGGCGCAGGUCGCCGCAGCGCACAGCGGCGCGCAUUUUCGAACCCUGGCGCUGUUGCAGCCAUGGUCAGCAGCAGCAGAAGCAGCAGCUGCAACUGAUGGCGCUCCGGGCCCGGCGACACCGGCGACUGCAGAGCACCUGGACGCGGCAGCCGCCCAGCAGCUGCUGCUCCGCUGGCACGCGGCGCGGCAGGCGGCGCUUGGGCAGUCGCAUGACGCGUCAGGCCUGGGUGACGUCAUGGAUGGGGCCCUGCUGCAGGCGUGGCGGCAGCAGGCGCUGCAGGGCUCCGCCCGCGGCGAGCACUUUGAGCUGGAGCUGCGCAGCCUACAGGUGGAGGCCCUGGAGCCGCCGCCCGUCACGCAGCACGCGCAGCACACGCAGCAGCAGCCCCGCACCGCCUUCAUCCAGGCGGCGCUGCACGAAUCGGGGCGCCAGUUUGCGGGGGGCAGGGAGGUGGGGGCGUUCGACUCGCGGGCGACGGUGCAGUUCGAGGCGGUGUGGCGGGCAGGCGGCGGGUGGCGGCUGACGCGCAUCCGGUCGCUGCCCCCGUUGCUGGUGUGA